AUGGCGCCGCUCCGCUGUCCCUCAUCUGCGUGCGGCGCGGCCAACUCCGGCUCCAGUUCCAGCCGCGGCUCGCUGGAGCGACCGGGCGGCGCCGCUCAUUGUCCGGUCGGGCAGCGAUUUCACGGCCCGCCGAGAGAACCGCCCGAGGCAGGGACGCCAGAGCGCGGUGCAGGCGCCCGCGGGCGGCGCCCGCCCGUUAACUCGAUGCCGCGGCUGGCGGGCUUGUUUGCGGCGGGCGCCCUCUCCCGGCUGUGUCGGGCUGGAAGGAGUGACGGCGCGAGCACCCAGGGCUGGCCAGCGGCCGCCCCUCCCGGCACCCCGUGUCCCGGCGCGUCUGCUGACAGCCCAAUUAGCCUGGCAGCGCGCGAUGACAGCGCCAGGGCGGCGCCACCCGGCCGGCCCGAGCCCCGCCUGUCGCCGCCAGCCACGCCGGGACAAGUGACGCGCGCAACUUCGACAGCAAGUGCCGGCAGCCGCCGGUGCUGCCGGGCUAUUGCUCAUUUUCCUCUCAAAACUCGCUCUGGUCCAGGGGGCUCGCCAGCCACCAGCCGCUACCGCUGCCACUGGCGGUGUGUCACCACCAGCAGGGCUAUCGACUUGUCUCUGCCUGCUGUCAAUUCCACAGAUCUCACUUCGUGA